UUUUGUUGGGGAUUGGUAAGGUAAGAUGGCGGCGCCAGAGGAGCAGGAAUUAUCCCAGGCGCAGACUGAAAAACUCCUUCAGUUUCAGGACCUCACAGGUCUGGAGUCUAUGGACCAAUGUCGGCGCACGUUAGAACAGCACAAUUGGAAUAUUGAGGCAGCGGUGCAGGACAGACUGAACGAGCAGGAAGGUGUUCCCAGCGUAUUCAACCCCCCUCCCUCUAGACCGCUACAGGUCAAUACAGCUGACCACAGAGUGUAUAGCUAUAUUGUAUCAAGGCCACAACCCAGAGGCUUAUUAGGAUGGAGUUACUACUUAAUAAUGCUUCCCUUCAGGUUUACAUAUUACACUCUUCUGGACAUAUUCAGGUUCGCCCUGCGUUUUAUCAGACCAGACCCCAGAGGAAGAGUGACGGACCCCGUCGGGGACGUGGUCUCAUUUAUUCAUAGUUUUGAAGAGAAGUACGGCCGCUCACAUCCUGUCUUUUAUCAAGGAACGUACAGCCAGGCGCUAAACGAUGCGAAACGAGAGCUACGAUACUUACUAGUAUACUUACACGGAGAAGAGCACCAGGACACAGACGAGUUUUGUCGAGCCACGUUAUGUACAGAAGAGGUAGUGACGUUCCUUAACACGCGGAUGCUGUUCUGGGCAUGCUCCACCAACAAGCCUGAAGGAUACAGAGUGUCACAGGCUCUGCGGGAGAACACCUACCCCUUCCUGGCCAUGAUCAUGCUGAAGGACCGCAAGAUGACGGUGGUAGGCCGGCUGGAAGGCCUCAUCCAGCCCGAGGACCUCAUCAACCAGCUCAACUUCAUCAUGGAGGCCAACCAGACCUACCUGAUGUCCGAGCGCCUGGAGAGGGAGGAGAGGAACCAGACGCAGGUGCUGCGGCAGCAGCAGGACGAGGCGUACCUGGCCUCGCUGCGCGCCGACCAGGAGAAGGACCGCAAGAAGCGCGAGGAGCAGGAGCAGAGGAGGCAGGAGGAGGAGGCCGCCCGCCAGUGCGUGCUGGCCGAGGAGAACAGGAGACGGACGCUCCAAGAGGAGAAGGAGCGCAAGUCUGAAUGUCUCCCGCCGGAGCCUGCAGUCGAUGACCCCGACGGUGUGAAAAUAGUCUUCAAACUCCCCAACGACACGAGAGUAGAGAGGAGGUUCCUCUUCAGCCAGUCUCUGACGGUAAUACACGACUUCCUGUUUUCCUUGAAAGAGAGCCCAGAGAAAUUUCAAAUAAUUACAAACUUCCCCCGGCGCGUCCUGCCCUGCCUGCCCACCGAGGAGGAGCCCAACCCCCCCACGCUCAAGGAGGCCGGCCUCAGCCGCUCAGAGGUCCUAUUCGUGCAGGACCUCACGGACGAUUGACACCCAGCUUAUCCCCACCCCAACCCCUCUUGAAAAAAAAAGAAGCUUUUUUUUUUUUUUGGUUCCUUUUUUUUUCUUUUUGGAUUUUUUUUCUUGUUUUUGUAUUUUAUUUCGUUGAAUGACCAUUGUGCACAAGGGAUCACUAAAAAAAAAAAUAACCUCCGGAAGUAAUUUAAGCCCUCGUCCUCCCUCCUGGCCCACCUCCGCCCGACACCCCCCUCCCCAUCCUCAACCCCCCCAACGCCCCCCACCUGACUGAUUUAUCUUUUUUGCUAAAGGAGUGCAACGUGAACUGCCCUGUAAAUAAAAAAACAACACUUAGAUAUUUAAGAACACGCCUGAAAUUCACUAUACUUUUUUUGUUUUUGUUUUUUUUUUAAAUGCGAAGUUGACCAUACAAUGUACAAAAAAAGACCAAAAGCAGUUUGAUGAUGGGGGUUGACAACCAGAUGGGCUUACUUACUUGCACUUCUUAACAGACUGAGAUCAAAAACAUACACCAACAGGGGACACAGGUUUUACAUGUGGUCCUUGUUCAAUAUAGUAUAGUACAAGUCUGCCCAUAGUGUGCCUGUGGUAAUUCAUAGAUGCCUAUUUUGCCCUUCUACCAUCUGAAUGGGCUGGUCAUGUAAAGAUGUAAUUUUCCAACUAUAUAAAUUAAAACGUUUUAAAAAUG